CUUUUUGCUUAUGACGCUGGCAGGGACAGGCUCGUUUCCCUCACCAAGCACAAGUUCCUUCUGGUCUGCAACUCUGUCUGGGCGGUGCAUGGCCUGCCUCGCAUCUUAGGCCAUCGUUUCCGCAUUAGUGGGACAACUGAAGUUCUUCUCCGCAACACGCCUCCGCACAUCGUCAAAGUCAUGGGCCGCUGGUCCUCGGAUUCCUUCGUG